AUGUCUCUAAAAUCACCGGCGACCCGUGGACCUUGCUGUCGAAGUUCAUUCUUUCGGUCCUGCCGUCUAAUCGCUCGUCUACUCACCUCAAAUCCGGCCCUCCACCACGAGCUCACCCCCAAAUUCCUCGCCGACAUCAUUUGUGCCAAUGAGCAGUUGAUUGAACUCGGCGAGACGGGCAACGCCAAGAAUUACGAGCGCUUUCUGGCGGACGUGCCCCUAGUCGAGCUGGCCGUCGAGUUGACGCUGUUGUCGCGGCCAAGAAGCCAAAUCCCGAUCCCCUGCUUCUUUCAGAAGGCGAUCGGCGCACGUCUCACCUCGUUGCUGGUUCGUGACGAUGGUCUCUCCGCUCUUCUCACCGCCUACAACCAAAUGGCCAACGACGCAAUGUGGCAGAACGAGAAGCUGCAAUUCCAGCUGGCCAAGCAGCUCGCCCUCGUCCCCCGCGGCUGCCAGCCGAUCGUCUACUACGAGAAGAUCGCCCGACAGCUAUUACAAGUGUCACCCACGCUGCUCGGGCUGCUCGAUUGUGACCUGUUCGCCCCGGAAAAGCCCUCGGAGGCCAUCGUGAAGCUGCGCAAGUCUCUUCUCGACAUCAUCACAUUUGCCCUGGCGUCUGUGGAAAAUCAGGCCGAUUUCCUGUGCCGAUACAUGCUGCGCGGCUCGCCGGCGCCCUUCUUGGCGCUGUCGGAAACGGGCGGCCAUUAUGUGCAGGAACAGGGAUCCGCUCGCCUCCAACUACUCGUUGCCCCCGAUCCAGUCGAACACGCGGAGGAAGCGCUGUCGAAGCGUAUCCGGGCGGCCACCAUCUACAUUCAGAAGAUCGGUGGCGCCAAGCGACCCAGCUCUCGACACGGCGCCUGUUCGCGGUGGUUGAUGACGUUGUUCGUCUUUUUCAUGCUCCUUCCUUCGGUUGAUGCUGUUGAACAGGACCCGUUGAGGUGGAGGGACCGCCUCGAAGGGUGGUUCUGGUCCCUCGGCUGGGCGAUUUCGGGCAAUGCCAUAUGGGCGGCCAUAUUCAAGAAGUACCCCGGCGCCGAGGCGUGGCUAGAUGUGAUGGCGAUCCUUGGCUUCGUCGCGCUCGCCAUCUCCCUCGUCGUCCUGCUUGUCUGCGCUUGUCGCGCACCUGCCGCCCCGGCCAACCCGAACGAGGUGCUGGCUUUGGGUCAGCGCGAGCCGACGUGCUGUAAAGGAGACUGUGGAAAGAACUCAGGACUGCCGCUCAAGCAGUGCUCUCGCUGUGCCCACCAAUUCCAUGAAGAGAGAUGUGGCCUCAGCAAAGAAAUUUGCCUUUGCCACAAAAUUGAU